ACUGAAGCCCUCAGAGCAAACCAGGCGGCAGAGCCAGGAUGCACCGCACACUGAAGGCUGCCCUUGCUCUCCUCUGUCUGGCGGAGCUCGUUGCCUCCACACCACUGGCGAUGAACUUGUCCAAGCUGAAGCUGUCGGACAUCACCCAGGGCAUCCAGAAGCUCAACAGAGGAGUGCAGGUCCCUUGCAAUGACACCAGAGUGGCACAAGUGGCUUUCAAGGAUCGGAAGCUGUCAGAGCAAGAGCUGCUGUGCCAGGCUGCCACAGUGCUGGACAACAUGACCGACUGCAAGAAGGACUACGAGCCCCUCAUCACCAGUCUGAAGAGCCUGCACGGCAUGACGAACUGCCCGCCGAGCACCGACAAUGAGAUCUACCUGCGGAACUUCUUGCCGGCACUGGGGAACUACACCCAGGCGCUGUACCGGCGGAUCUCGGCCACAGCUGCAAACUGAUGCCCGGCCCCAUCGCCUCCACCCUGCGGCCCCCGCGCUGGGAGCUCCUCAGAUUGGUUCUACAGCUCUUCACACUUCUGAGCUCUUCACCGCGUGCACUUCCCCACCUCUGAACCCAAACCCCACUCAGUCCUAGAUGCUCAGGAGCACCCCAGCCCUUGCUGUCCUCUUUGGCAAAGGGGAACGUCCCCAUCCCCAUCUCCAUCCCUCUCUCAUCCCAUCCCAUCCCAAAAUCCAUCCCUAUCCCCCUCUCCAUCAUCUCCAUCCGCAUCCCCAUACUCAUCUCCAUCCCCAUCCCCACCUCCAUAUCCAUUCCCAUCUUCACCCCCAUUCCACCCCAGCACUUCCCUGGCUGAGGCCAAGCUCUCUGCAUCCCAUAAGCGAGUGCUGCGGUGGGUCCCACGUGCAGGGGGACACCGGGGACACGUGUGCCCUAUCCCCAGUGCUGGGUAUUCCCAAAGCAGCCAUCAACACAGUUUUUUAACUCAUUCACCUCCCAGCGCAGAGACAAACAAAACCAAAACCAAAUUAUCUGCUUCCUGUUCCUCUAAUGAGGGGAGGCUUCUCAUCCUAACAAGAUCAAGAUCUAGGCUGAGGCACAGCGCUGCACGGAGGCCCCACUGCAGAGCUCACGAGAUCGCAGCAGCAGCAGCAGGGAGGCAGCACGGCCGGCGUGGUGCUCGAACUUUCAGUGUCUUCGUACUGUCUUACAGUGUCUUUGUACUUCGUGCUUCUAAGUUAUUAAUAACAAUGUUAGGAGAGUCUGCAGGGUAACCGGGUCCAAUGGGUGCUUAUAGGCAUCAUAUUUCUAGAGAUUAUUUAUUAUGUUUUAUUUAAAUAACUUAUUUCUAUACUGCACAGUCUGAAGAUUCACGAAGUCCGGGCUGGUGGAAGCAGCUGUUGUGUGCUUUUCUUCAGCUCAGGCCCAAGCGAAAGGGAAAAGGCAGUGUUCAGAUGCUUUGUUUUUAAUUUAUAUGACAGUAGUGCUGUGGAAUACAGUCAUAUCUCAAAUACUGCUACCUCAUCCCCAGGGAACCAUUAGUGCCUGAUUAAUUGCCUUUCCACCACAACAAAUGAAUGUAUGCUGAUGGAUAAUUUAUUAUUCUUCUCUGUAUUUAAAAUAUUUGUAUGAUGUCAGAGUUAAUAUAUUCCAAUUAUCCCAUAUUUAGAAGUCAGUAUUCUGUUUUUUUCACUUGUGACUUUGCACUGAUGUUGUAGAAAUGUUAUGCAAUAAAGCACUCGUAUGGGAA